UUGUCUGUUGUUGUCGUCGUCCCCGUGGUCACGUGGGGAAGCCCCGGGGCCGCCGCGAGGAUGAAGCAGUCGGUGCCUGUGCCGGCUUUCCUCACCAAACUGUGGGCCCUGGUGGAGGACCCUGACACCAACGAGUUCAUCUGCUGGAAUCAGAAUGGGCACGGAUUCCUGGUUCUGGAUGAGCAGAGAUUCGCCAAAGAGAUACUACCCAAGUAUUUCAAACACAACAACAUGGCUAGUUUUGUACGACAACUCAAUAUGUAUGGCUUUCGUAAAGUACUGAAUGUUGAUGCAGGUAUAGUCAAACAGGAGCGUGAUGGCCCUGUGGAAUUUCAACAUCCUUAUUUCAAGCAAGGCCAAGAUGAAUUAUUGGAAAACAUAAAAAGAAAGGUAUCUUCGAUUAAGCCAGAAGAAGCUAAAAUGCAGCAAGAAGGCUUAACUGCAAUUUUAUCCAGUGUUCAGGAACUACAAGGAAAACAAGAAAAUCUUGAUUCAAGAUUGACUUCCUUGAAAUGGGAAAAUGAAACACUUUGGAGAGAGAUUGCAGACCUUAGACAAAAACAUGCACAGCAGCAGCAAGUAAUUCGACAGAUUAUUAAAUUUAUUGUUAGUUUGGUCCAGAAUAACCAAAUCGUUACCUUGAAGCGGAAAAGGCCAAUCAUGAUUAAUACUACUGGACCUUCUAAGCCAAAAUAUUUUCAUCAUAUAGUAAAAGAGCCAGAUGACUCAACCCAUGUAUCUGUACAUGGACCAAAUGGUGUGAAGCAGUGUGUCAGAACAGUAGAUGACAUUGUUAUUUGUGACAUCACGGACACACAAAAAGGAAAAAAUGAAGAAUCUACAUUUACUGUUAAUGAUGAACUGUCCAAAGUCGCAGAACAGGACAAUUCUUUAUGCGAAGAGACUACUAAAUGUCAGGAACAACUUUCCUCAUCAGAGAUAAUGGAUGUGUGUAGUACUGAUCAUGUUAUGAACACUAUGAUAACCGACAAUGUUGAAACAACAAACACUGAAUCAUCAAUCAGUUCUGAAGAUCCUAUUUCAAUGAUGGACUCCAUUUUGAAUGAGAAUGCAGUUAUUUCGCAGAACAUAAACCUUCUUGGCAAGAUAGAACUUAUGGAUUAUUUGGACAGUAUUGACUGUAGUUUAGAAGAUUUUCAGGCAACAUUAUCAGGAAAGCAGUUCAAUAUUGACCCGGAUGUUCUGUCAGAUGUAUCGAGUGCUAAAGAAAAUCGUAAUGGAGCUGAAUCCAAAGUGGAUGAAAAUAAAUCUUCUGAUACUGGAAAGCAACUGAUGCAAUACAAUAUGUAUCCUGUACUAACUUUCUUGGAUGGAAAUACCUCCUGUUUAUUGGAAAAGGAACACACUACGUCAGGCCUUAAGUGUACAUGUGAAGACAAUCACCUACAGAAAAAUGAAAAUGCAGAAAAAGUAGAAUGGGAAAAUAAGAAAAAAACCAGUCAACUUUUUAAAUUAGAACCUUUAACAGAAGAAGAAGCAAGAGAGGAAACACUGUUUUACCUUUGUGAAUUGACUCCCACAAAUAGUCUAGAUGGUGAAAAUUCUUUACUGGAUAGUUAGCCAAUAAGUUAACUAUUCUUUAUCCAGCAUUAGCUAAAGACUAACUUAACUUGAAACAUUUAAUUUAUACUGUAAGUUUGGUUUGUGUAGUUAGUGUCCUGUAUUGUGUUUCAUGUAAAUAUGUUGUAAUCAAUUUUUGCUAAUAUAUAAGACUGUGUUCCUUAAACUCCCAUCAGAUGCAGCUUUAAGUAAGUUUAAUUUUUUUUGUAGUAUUGCUGUGACAUUACAUGGCAUUGUUUUGUUGCUGAUGGCAGCAAUAUAUGAAAUAUCUUGCAAUUUUGUAUUGUGCAAAUAUCACUUGCCCCAAACCCAGCUUGGGAUAAUUGAAUGCAUUCCAUGAUCAUUAAAAAAAAAACUACUAUCCAAUUUUA